AUGGCAGCAAACAUCACGCCGCCAACCUGUUCCGAACUGCUGGCCGAAGCGUUUGGCGAUCCCGAACCCGGAAGCUUGAACUUUACCUCCCUACAGCAAUUGCUGCAGGCACUACUUACCCGGCUGAACCUGCAGAAUGUACCGGUUGAUCAAGUUGGGCGUGACCUACCAAAACCAACAGCAGCAGCGGCAGCAGAACAAACAGACCCCGUCGAAUCCCCCGUAUCGGAAGUACCCUCAGCACAAACACCAACCGUCGAAGAGGAUCGAUUACCGGCCCUUGAGCAGGCGGCACCCGAGCCGAUCGUCCGCUUUGAAGACACCGAAGCUUACCAUCAGUUGCUUGCAGCGAUAGAGCAGCUUCAAGCCGAGCAUGCCGUCUUGAAAGGUCAGCUGCACGAACAGACCAAAGUAAACAAAGCCAUCUUACCGAGCGCAGAACAGUUGGAAGAGUUUAGCCGUAGCAGAAUCUCAUGCCUUCAGUCCACCGCCGAUAUCCCGCUCGACUUCCUAACGCUGGCCGCACGCCUCGACAAGAUUGACGAAUCGAUCGGCAAGCUGACGGCGCUGGCCAACGACACCGUGCUGGAGUACGCACGGCUUGAAAAGUCCGUCCUGCCGUACCUGGACGGCGGUGAGCUAAUCGUGAUGCGUGCCCAGCUGGACAACAUUAAUCAACUGCUGAAGGCACAUUAUCCGAGCUUUCGUGCGCACUGCAGCACGGUUAGCAUUCUUCAGCGGGCGCGCCCCGUCAGUCUGGACGCGGCCGUGCCGAUUGACUUUUAUCAACAUUCGGUGCCGAGUACGGUUAAAUCGCUUGUGCCGCGCCGUAGUACGAUCAAGCACCAGCCGGGCCCGGAUUUGGAGAAAGAGCUGGACGCGAUUCGUGGUGUGCUAACGAGUCUGGUGGCACGGUUACCCCUGCCGGAGCAAGAAUCAUGCUCGGAUGUGUCACACCCACUAUCGAGCACAUCGCUCGAGCUUUCGGCAGACAAUCUGCGCGCUAUUUGGCCGCGAGAGUUGGACGAACUGCUGCGAUCCUGUAACGAGCGAAUAGAGGUUCUUGAAAAGACGUCCCAAGAGCAGGCUCAACAACUGGACAGCAUAGCAACGGAUUGCACUGCCGCCUCCGAAGCACACGAUGAUUUAAGGGUUAUGUUUGAAAACUUCCGCGAAUCGAUUUCCAGUGACGUGCGCAGCCUGGAGUUAGAAUUUACCGAAAAAUUUCUGUCCCUCGUCGACCGGCUGCGCGUAGAGCAGACGGAAACGAGCAAUCGGCUGGACCUGCUCGACCAGCAGAUGGAAAACCGCGUUGAGUACGAACACUUCCGCACGCGCCUAUCCAAAGAAACGUUCGCCAAAACGAUCGGAGAGCUGCAGAGUCAAAUCGAUAUAAGGGUGGAGCAUUUCUCCAACGAGCUCGAACGUCUCACCAACCAUCUGAAGUACGUUAGCACUGGAAUGCUGAGCAAGCCGGACAAAGCCGAGCUAGAGCGUCUCGAGUCGCGAAUGCGCCAUCGGCUGAACUUUAUCCACUUGGUGCUGGGCAACAUUAGAAGCACGCUGCGGAGCAGUGUUGAAGCCGCAGGAGCAAAGAUACGGCUCGGACCGGAACCGCUGCGAUGCGUUUCCUGCAACCACGAGACAACGAUGCGUGCCCUGGAGGAGCUCAUCCCAACCGGGAAGUCAUUGCGCUGUGCCGAAAAGCAACACCAGCAGCGCAUCAGACAGCUAAACAAGAUGGCACUGCGAAUUGCGGGGGAUCAUGCGACCAAGCAUCCUAAGCCGGCACCGAAACCGAAGCAAGGGACGACAGCCAAAGCCAACAUGCAGAAACCUGAAGAGCUUGCUUAUAAGGUACACAAGUAG